AUGACGCCCUCGCCAUCCCAGAGUCAGGGCCUUGAGCCGCGGCGGCCGAGGAGCGCCCACACGCAGACCGUGUCGGUCAACAUCGCCGAGAGCACCACCGGCACGCCGCCCGCCCGCCGCUUCCAGCUGCACGUCAGCGAGUGCGUCGAGACCAAGACCGUCACCACCACCACCCGCCUGACCAGGAAGUUCCCUCCGUUCUUCAUCCCCGACCCCGCCCCUCUCGAGAGCCUCGACACCAAGGAGUAUCCCCUGGCCAUGAAGCCCACGCCGCCCGAGCUGGCCGACUUUUCCUACAGUUACGACGGCGCUGCCGACGACGACGACGACGACGAUGCUGAUGCCGGAAGGCUGGAGGAUGCUGAUGAGGGCCUUGACGGCCAACUGGUAAGUGGAGAGUCGCCUUCACGGUUCCAGGUGCAGACGCCGGAGCCCUUGAGCCGCAUACCGUCUGCCUCCUCGCCCGAGCCAUUCUCCCGCCGGAGCCAUCGACUAGCCGCAGCCGAGUCCCCUACCGCGGCUGCCACGAGGUCCUCUCAACGGAUUGCCCGCUCACAUUUGCAAGCCGUGAAUAACAGGCUGCGUCGCUCCCUUAUCCAGGGAAGCAGCGCUGCCGCAGGCCGAAAUGCCUCGAUUGGCGUCCUCGCCACGCCCGACGUUACCGAUGUGGUCGAGCCGAUCCCGGCCCGGUCGUUGCAGAGGCGGCCCCUGCACCGCGAAUACUCGCCCAACUCGCAGGCCAUGAUUCGCGGCCGCUCCAAGUCUCCCCUGUACGAGGCGUCGAGCCCCGCCGGAAGCGAUGCACAUACGUUCAGCAGCACCGUGGCUACGCCGCCGGUUACCGAUGCCGACCCGGAGUCCUUUGCCGACGAUACUGACGAAUCCAUGGAACCCUCGGUUCGCCCCCAGCAUCGGCCCGCCAUCGAUGUUGUUGCUGCCCAGGAUGCCAGUCUUCCUAGUCCGAGAUUAUCUCCCACCCUGGCGGCUGCCCAGCUGCAUUCUGCCGAACCUGACGAGAACGCGCCCGCCAGUUUCAAGACGGACAUGACCGAAUCCGACACUUGGAUGGCCGAAUCCGAGGCAACCGACAUGGUGCCCUAUGAGCAUCCUUCCCACGGCAAGCGAGCCCUGGUACGGCGACACGACCAGCCCGUCAUUGUCGACCCCCAGACGCUGCUGGAGGCGUUUGACUCUAUGAAGACGGAGAUGAAGACGUUUAUGAUGUAUCAGUUUCUCCGUCGGUGCCCUCGACCCACUCUCCGUAUCGUCGCCGAUGCAGUGAAUCCCGCCCUCAAGUGCGACUUUCUGCAGCAGCUGCCUCUUGAGCUGAGCUACCACAUUCUGUCGUAUCUCGACUUCCGCGACCUCACACGCGCCGCCCAGGUAUCGAAGCAAUGGCGCAGCAUCGUCGAUGGCAAUGAAACCGGCUGGAAAGAGCUCUUUGACAGAGACGGCUUCGUUCUCCCGCCCGGCGAGCUGAACAAGGCCAUUGCUCAAGGAUGGGGUUGGCAGGAUCCCGUUGGCAUCCACGGCUACGAGCAGGACUUGAGCAUGCGGAACCGGCUGACCUCUUCCGAAAAGGAACUUACUCAGUCCCUCAAGCCAGAGACACCGCGAGUGCGCACCUCAAAGCGCAAGCGCGGUCUCGGCGCCUAUUCGGCAUCGGAGCGCUCGAAGCGGCGGGCCAGCACCCAGGAAGUGGUGGCCAACCACAACGAGAGGGCUCAGGCCGAGAUCAAGCAGCACAAGUCGGCCGGCCCUCUCUCUGCCGCCCACGCCGCCAUGCAGGCCGUGCCGGACCCCGGGAUUGGCCUGCGGAGCCUGCGGCAGCUGCAUCUCUUCAAGUCUCUCUACCGCCGCCAUUACAUGAUCCGCCACAGCUGGACCGACCCCGCGACGAAGCCCAGUCACGUAGCGUUUGCCGCACACCCCCGGCACGUCAUCACCUGCCUCCAGUUCGACGACGACAAGAUCAUCACGGGCAGCGACGACACCCUCAUCCACAUCUACGACACCAAGACGGGCAAGCUCCGCAAGAAGCUCGAGGGCCACGAGGGCGGCGUGUGGGCGCUCCAGUACGAAGGUAACAUCUUGGUCUCGGGCUCGACGGACAGGUCGGUGCGAGUUUGGGAUAUUGAACGCGGACUUUGCCAGCAGGUUUUCUACGGACACACUAGCACAGUCCGCUGCUUGCAGAUUCUCAUGCCCACGGAGACCGGCAUGGCUUCGGAUGGCACCCCCAUCAUGCAACCCGAGAAGCCGCUGAUCAUCACGGGUUCCCGAGAUAGCCAGCUGCGCGUCUGGCGUCUCCCCGAGGUUGGAUCGCGGCGCUACAUCCAGACGGGCCCGCCGGCCCAGGAGUCUGACUGUCCAUACUUCAUCCGCGUCCUGACCGGGCACACCCACUCCGUCCGUGCCAUCUCGGCCCAUGGCGACAUCUUGGUUAGCGGGUCCUACGACAGCACGGUCCGCGUCUGGCGGAUCAGCACGGGCGACUCCCUGCACGUGCUCCACGGCCACACACAAAAGGUGUACUCGGUGGUGCUCGACCACGAGCGCAACCGAUGCAUCUCGGGCUCAAUGGACUCCCUGGUCAAGAUCUGGGACCUCGCUACGGGCGCUUGUCUCUACACGCUAGAGGGCCAUAGCCUCCUGGUGGGCCUGCUGGACCUUCGCGAUGACCGCCUCGUGUCGGCCGCUGCCGACUCGACGCUCCGCAUCUGGGACCCGCAGACGGGCAAGUGUAAGAACACCCUGAUGGCGCAUACGGGGGCCAUCACCUGCUUUCAGCACGAUGGCCGCAAGGUGAUUAGCGGCAGCGAGAAGACGGUCAAGAUGUGGGACGUCAGGACGGGAGAGUGCGUGCAGGAUCUCUUGACGGACCUUUCCGGGGUGUGGCAGGUCAAGUUUGAUGGAAGGCGAUGCGUUGCUGCCGUGCAGAGAGACAACUUGACCUAUGUGGAGAUUCUCGACUUCGGCGCCGUUCGCGAUGGACACCCUCCCGAAGAACUUGGACGUCGCAUCCUCCUGAAUGAACCAGAAGUUCGUGCCAUGAUUGAAGAGGAAGUUUGA